AAUAAAACAGAAGGCACUGGUAGAGAAUGAAGACCUGACAACAAUUGUAUACACAUACUAUAAAUUGAAAUUUUUUCACCAUUCCUCAUUAUUUUGUUCUGAAGCGAAAGGCAUCAACUUGUUCCCAGAAGUGCAAGUAGCUGUUUCAUCAUAAAAGUGCAAAACUGAGCUGGUUGACAAAAGAUGCUGUCCUCCCACCUGGUUCAGAUUUUUGCCGUAACAGCUGCUUUACUGGUAGAAGCUCAUGGGCAGAUAAAUUGUCCAGGUCCCCAAGGAACACCAGGCAUCAGAGGACCAGUUGGUCCACCAGGUCCCCAAGGCCCACCUGGACAAAAUGGAGGUCCUGGCCCUCGAGGACCAAGAGGCAAUCCAGGUUCCAGAGGUCCUCCUGGUCCACCAGGUCUGCCUGCCAGUCAAGAUCCUAAGCUACAAAACGACAUCAAAGAAUUCCAACGUAGAAUCGCCCGAAUGGAAAGAGUUUUGACCUUGGAAGGAAGCAUAGUCAUUGCUGGAGAUAAGCUGUUUGCCUCUACUGGAAAGGCAUCUGUCUUUGAGACAGCGGACUUGACUUGCCAAGAAGCCCAGGGCACCAUUGCUGCACCAAGAAACCUGAAAGAGAACAAAGCUAUUCAGAAGAUUGUGCAAUUUUACAACAGUUAUGCCUAUCUGGGUAUUAUUGAAAGUGAUGUGCCAGGGAAAUUCCAUUUCCAGAAUGGGGCUCCUUUGAAUUUUACCAACUGGUACAAGAAUGAACCUUCCGGUCCAGGAAUUGAAAAAUGUGUGGAAAUGUACAGCGAUGGCACUUGGAAUGACAAAAUGUGCGACAAUUACCGCCUUGUGAUCUGUCAGUUUUAAAACCCAACCCCAAGGCAACCAUUGAAUGUUCCUUAAAACAUAACUUGAUGUGAUUUUUCUGUCAAAAAAAAAUAUCAAUAAAAAUCCUAG